AUGGCGAGCAGGAGAUUCCGCGAGCUCCUAAAGAAAUACGGGAAGGUGGCCUUCGACGUCUACUUCUUAGUCUCUGCGGCUUCUAUCAUAGGACUUUAUGUCGUCAUCAAGAACAACGUCGACGUCGAAUCCCUGCUCGAGAAAUUGCACAUGGGUGGUGUCGGCUCAUCCACCAAGGAUCACGCUCCCCCUGAAUCUUCUUCUUUUUCUUCCGAUGGGUUUGUGGUCGAAAAUGAGAGACCAACUUCAGAGUUUCAAUCGACGAUGGUUAUGGAAGAGAAGAAGUGGAAUCAAGUGGCCGAGCUCACUUCAUUGAUCGGUGGGGCCCUGUCUCUGGCUGUACUCUGUAACAAGGCUUUGUUUCCAAUUCGGGUUCCCAUUACCUGCUUCCAAUCUUGGGUCGAGUUAGCCCAUAUAGGGUUGGUUUGUUUUUAA